AUGGACGAGGUGAGCAGUAAACAGGCCACCCCCAAACGAGUAGCGGCAGGGAAGAAGGCCAUCUUCGCCCAGUCGUGGCCGCGGCAGGAUCUGCAGUCGCUAGAGAGGAAGGUGGCGGACCAGCUGAAGGCGGCCCAGGCGGCCAACACGCUGGUGGAGUCGGCGCUCAAGGACAUGAAGGAGCCGAACAGCGGCCACACUGCGGAAGAGUUCCAGCAGGCCCUGCAGACGCUCCUCACCUACCUCCUCAACAUCAAGCAUCACCCCGAGAGCAACCACUACAAGCGCAUCGGCGUUCACAACCCGAACUUCAAGUGGAAGGUGCAAAGCGUGAGCGGGGCGGUUGAGAUGCUGCUGGCGGUCGGCUUUCGGUUGAACAGCGAGGGCGACUGCUUGGAGCUGCUCGAUUCGCACUUGGACAAGCGCAUGCUUGACCUACUGAUCGAUCGGCUACAGAGGGAGCUCACCCUCCACUUCCAGCACACACGCUUCUUGCGCAGGAAGGGACUACAGGGCUCGCCUCUGCGCGACCGCCCGGUGGAGCUCAGCCCCAGUCUCCGAUAUCCCAUCGGCUACGCCGAUAUGACCGGCCGCAGGCCCACCAUGGAGGACCAAAUUGUCAUCAGGGGAAUGUAUCGUGGGUACCCGGACGAGGAUUUUGUGGGGAUGUUCGACGGACACGGGGGCAAGGGAGCGGCUGACUUGGCGGCCGCCACGCUGUAUUUGGAGCUCUGGAAGUACAUCACGCUACAGAAGGAACGGGGUCAGAAGAUAGAGGACGAAGAUGCCCUCAUUACAAAAGUAGUCAGGGAAAGCUUUCACUCGACCAAUAGCAAGAUCUGCCAGACGUUGAACUUGAUUGGAGACUUCUCCGGCACCACCGUUCUCAUGUCGUGGAUAGUCGGCCAGAAGCUUGUCAUCGCCAACGCGGGAGACUCGCGAGCUGUGCUAUACAAAGACUCAGGCAAAGUUGUGCGCCUUAGCAAGGACCACCGCCCCGAGGAUCCGGAGGAAAAGGAGCGGAUAGAAGCGCUGGGCGGUCGCGUGGUUACUCUCCCCCAGGAUGCACCGCGUUUGAAUGGCACGCUCAGUGUGAGUCGCGGAUUUGGUGACUUUGAUUUACAGCCGUGCCUCAGCCCCGACCCCUUCAUCAACAUUGUACCUAUUAGCCCCGACGACAGAUACCUUAUUCUCGGCUGUGAUGGCCUGUGGGACGAAGUCGAGGAGGAGAAGGUGGGCGAGCUGCUCACCAAGUGGCGCAAGCAGAUCAAGGAGCAGGCGCAGCAGAGGGAGGAAGACCAGGCCAGGCUGCGGCGUAUGACGUCGAGCUCAUCGAACGGCCGGAAUCGGAAUGGCAGCCUGACCUCGUCGGCCUCGGGUAUCUCGACCACCAACGGCGAUGGCGGCGCCAUGGAGGCCUAUCAGCUGGCGCGAAUGCUGGUGGACUAUUCAUACACCAGUGGCAGCUACGACAACAUCAGCGUCAUCGUGGUCCAGCUCAAGGACUGA